ACAGAGCUUCAGUUGAUGGAGAGCAGCUGAGCUGUGUACUCCUCGCAGACUCAUCCCAGCAAACUUUGGCGACUGUGGCUGUACUUUGUCAUAGUACGCCUCAAUAUUUAACAACUCAGGAGCUGUUCUGAAAAUUACAACUUCUUGGAGGGUCGUGUCUGGAGGAAGUGUACUAUCUAGUGUGCAAAAUUAAAGAUUUUCUUCGUGACAAUUUGAGAAAAUCACAUUGUUGUUGUGUUAACAGUGGGCGUCAGCAAGUGUGAGAAGCGAGGUCUGGAGUGAAGCAGCAUCACCUGGUUGACCACCCCACAGAAAGUUAGGUUUACAAUAAAUCCGGUUGGCCUAAAUAGUGUAAUCCCCUGUGUGUUCUGCCGCCCCAGGGUUCAUUACGUCGGUGCAGUGAAUACUAGACCACCAUCCACUGGCCAGACUUGACUGUGUGGUCUUGUUCGCUAUAUGGCUACAAGAUUUUGUGCAAUAAUAUUUAUUGUAAAAGACGAUAAAACGCACCAGAUACUGUUAAAUAAAUUUAAUAAACUCACGCCCAAUUAUAGGACUAAAGAAAGAUUUAGUUGACAACAAGUGUAAAAAUAUUCUUUUGUUGAACCGACCGUAUUGCUGUGUAAACCUUGAGUGGUCAUAGUGAAAUACGUCCAGCUGCAGCAACGAUGAAAGCGUCCAUCCAGAUGCCUCUUAGCCAAAUGAUGAAGGAACAGGAGGGAGUGGAGGUUCACACACACACCAAGACCAAGGAGCCCCACGACCUAGCAGUGUUGAGGCUACUACUGCUGCUACAGGUAGCCGGAGAGAGGAAGGCAGAGAUCGAGGCGCUGCUCAGGGGAACUGCAGGUGCCAAGCCACAAAAACAACAGAAACAGCCUGAGGCAGAGCAACGGCCCCAGGAAACAGACAAUCACCGCCUCAAUCGACACUCCUUCACCAAACGAUGGAGAAAGACUCACCUGAAGAAAAAGUCUAUCGAGGAGGAGGAGUCCUCGAUCAAGUCUUCCACUUCUAGCUCAACCACAUCCUCUAACAACUCCUCUAUCAAGUCAACAAGCAGUUGUCCCUCCAGUCAGGAUGGACAGAUCCACUGCUCUUCUGGUUCCUCUCCUUGUUCCAAUGGCCACGUCAGCUGCGUUCUGGAGACUAUUAAUAAUGUCGCCAAUACAAAGGAAACCAGCUCAUGUGAUGUAGCUGACAUGUCCUUGCUGCAGAGGCUUGCUUUGAAUGCACUGAAUUUAGCAGCACCAGCCUCUUCUGUACUGUUAAGGGAUCGUCGGAACAGUUGGGUACAACUGGCAGGUCACCCUGGCUCUCUGGCACCUGCUGGUCCUGGCACCAUCUGGAAGAAGAGAGGCCCUGAUCCAGUUGAGACUCAGGCCUACCAGGCUCUUGCCACUGACCCUGCCAGGGACAUCACUCCUACUUUCUUCAGAGAAAUCAUCUAUCAAGAAGAAUACUUUAUUGAAAUGAGGGACUUGCUGUAUGACUUUCACAACCCAUGUGUAAUGGACAUCAAGAUGGGUACUCGGACAUUCCUCGAGUCUGAAGUUUCCAACAAAAAAGCUCGCAAGGAUCUGUAUGAGAAGAUGAUCAAAGUAGAUGUCACGGCUCCAAAUUCAGAAGAAUGUGAAGCGAAGGCUGUCACCAAGUUGCGGUACAUGGAUUUUCGUGAUAAUAUGAGCUCUUCACGAUCACUUGGAUUUAGAAUUGAAGCUCUUAAGAUGACAGGCAGUGAAGCUGUGACAGAAUUACAAACAGUACGAAGUAGAGAAGAGGUAGUUGGCACCAUGAGUGGCUUUCUGAAAGGUAGAGAGAAUACUAAACGCCAGGUUCUGGAACGUCUAGCGCACCUGAGAGACACCUUUAGAGACUCUCCUUUCUUCCAGAGACAUGAGGUGAUUGGAAGCAGUAUCUUGAUCAUUUAUGAUGAUGAGAAGGCAGGUGUGUGGAUGAUCGAUUUUGCCAAGACGGUGCCAAUUCCUGAAGACAUUACUAUUACUCAUCGCAAACCUUGGGAGCUCGGGAACCAUGAAGAAGGAUACCUUACUGGAAUUGACAAUCUCAUAAAGGUUGUGGAGGAAGUCCCAACGAAAACAAGAAGACUAGGUUUGUUUCACAAGUCCUGAGCAGGAGUACUGAUGAAGACCAUGUCUUCUCAACAAGUUGUUCGAAGUAAGCCAAUAAUUUCCAUGCAAAUUUAUAUUGCAUAGGAUAAACAGUCUUAAAAAUGCCAAGGACAAGAUGAGUCUGGGUUCUUGUGCUAAAAGUACUUUGCAGACAUACUGAUUGAGCUCUUAUGUUUGUCGUGUUGUCAGAGUGCCUCAUCACUUUGUAAAUGGAAUGCUUCUGUGAAGAAAUUUCUUGCCUGACUUAAGUUGAGCAUUCUGACUUUUAUUUAUAAUAUAAAUUAUCAUUAUUAAUUUGUUAUCCACUGUGCUGGGCAAAUUUUGCAAAAAAAUAAAAAUUAAAGAAAUUUAAAAUAUCAAUACAGGUACUGUAGUGUGAUUGCUGAUUUGCCUUUCAAUAAUUUAUCAUGAUUAUGGACACAGUUUAUUUAUACAUACUUUUUUUUUAUGAUCUUUGAAUUCCGAGUCCAAAGCAGAAUAAAAUAAGACACAGUUGCUGUUGAUGCACACUGUUUGUUAUUCCAUGCCAGUAACAACCAAGGUGAGGAGACCAUUAAAUUAUCCUGGGCAGAUUAUGAGAAUGUGACUUGUGGGCGCUGCUCAUCCAUACAACAGUAUUGUAUGUAACAUGUUAGCCUUGACUUAAUACCCAGCAUCAUCAAGCACAUGAUGUUAGUCGGUGUUAUUUUGUUUCAUGAGAUUUUCCAUGUUAGUAACCUACUUGGGGAUACACCAAAGAGUUCCUUAGUAAGGUUUAUAUUAUGAGUUUAUUGUGCCUAAUGAGUACGUAUUGUGUUCAAUAACUAAGUGGUUGGGAUGUACUGUAGUAGUUGUUUAUCAUAUUGGGACCACAACACAUAUUGAGAUUUUUUUAAUUAUGCAGUAUAUGGGAUGCAAUUAGCCGAGAAGUUAGUUUGUAAAAAAAAAUAAUACUGGUCUAGUUAAGUGUAUGUGCUUUCUUGUCAAGUUUUUCAUGUCAGUUUCACUUUUAAUAUACUGUAUAUGAAAGUCAGUACAGUACUGUAAUUCAAUCCACAAUUGUUUAAGAGGUUAACUUUAGUUUUACCAGAAAAUUAAUCCCAGAUACCUAGAUAAACUCUUAAUAUUGACAGAGGACAAUCCAAUGGUAAGGAUGUUUUACCUUUUUGAAAACAGAUAUACCAGUAGCUUCCAAUCUCUACCAUUAUUUUCAGUAUUGUAAUUAUAUAGUUAAUGCUAUAAAUACUAAACUAACUCUUAUUGGUCAUUAAUGAUUAGGAAGGUCAGAAUUACUCGCAGGUGUUUGUCAAUGAAAAUGCACACCUAUUUCUGGUAAUAGCUAGACUCUCGGCCUUUACCAAGAUAUACCCUGAAUUGGGAUGAUGAUAAGAUAUAGUUUGCGUACCUAUUAAUCCAAGAAGAUAGUUACAGGUGAUAGAAGCUGCGCCUGUAAUGGAAUUUGAUUUAAGUACUGUAGCAUAAGCACAGCCCACUUCUACCAUAUUCAAUUACAGUACAAGUACAUAAUCUUUUUGUAAAAAUUUACCUCCUAAAGUUAUACAGAUAUUAAUGAAGCUUACACUAGUUAUUUCAAAUUUUACAAAUCUUGUGUAGUGUAUGUUAGCAUCAAGUACAGUAUCUCUGUACAGUACUGUAUAUGAAUUUUGUAUCUGCAUCAGUUUUGGUACUGCUUGUCCAGCUUACCAUGAGAGAACAACUGAUAAAAAGGAGUAAUGUUUCAUGGAAACAAAUUAUCAUAUCUUUUGUUCAGUCCUAAAUUUAUUUCCCAUCAAGUCUAAUAAGGACAAGCUUUUUUAAAUGGUCUGACAGUGUUUACUUCAUCAAAUAUUUUAUAAUUAAAAACAUGAGACAUCAGUACCAUUCAAAGUACAGUACAGUAAUACAUGUACUGUACUAUACUAUAUUACACUCUACACUUCAUAACUACACUUACUUUUGGGCAUUUACUUUAAUAUUUGGAAUAUCAUAAUGCUAUUUAUAGUACUAAUGCCUGUUAUAUGGUAAAGGAUGGCUACCUUUCUUUAUAAAGAUUACUUCUACUAUUCCAUACACAAGGCUGUGAUGAGACUGCAUUUUCAUGUUUUAAUUUAGAUCAGUUUGUAAGUACAGUACAGUAUUACUGCCAACACCUGUUCGAUAAUUUUAUCUAUAUCCCAAAUAAAACAAUUGCAAAGGAAAACUUUUACCUCAAAAGGUGUUCAGCAGAAAUUGUAGUUGUUAAUAAGUGCAACAUUAGCCUCCAUCAUUAUUAAGCAAAUAUUGAUGCAAAUCAUCAAUGACCUAAAUUGCAAUGUAACUAUUUUUAAUUAGUUACCAUAUUUAUAUAUAUUACAGCCACUCCUCGACUUACGACCACCCGGACAUACGACCGCCCCAGUCGUACCCAAAAAUUUUCAAAUUACUUAUUUUUGAGUCCCAACAUUAGUGAUUGAGCUGUGUCCUGACAAAAUUUUUGUUUGUAAUUCCCUUUAACAUGGCUGGCAUGCUUAAAAGUGAGAGUUGUGUGGUGCUGAGAAGAUAAAGAGACAUCCAUUUUAGAUUUUCUAUGUAUUAUCUUCGCAAUUUUGACUCACGACUUGGAUUUGGGUCCCUAACCCUGUCGUAAAUCGAGGAGUGGCUGUAUAUAUGAUUGGUCAUUGCAUCUUGUGUACUAAAAGUUGGACAUCAGAAAAAAUAUUAAAUUGCUGUACAUAACCAAGUACUGUCAGGGUUGUCAAUCUCCAAAGCACUUGCAAUUUACUAUUUGCAGACCAAAGCUUGUGUUAUGCUGCAUUUUUCCUUUUAUAAUUUAUAAUCUCUUAUGAUUUACUUUGAUGGCUUCAACUACAUAAACUGUAAACAUGUCUAAUACAGUAAGAAAAAUUGCAUAAAUAGUGUACCAUUUAUAUGAAAGGUUUCAUGUGUGAUGAUGGUUCUUUACUCUUGCAUCAGUAUUAUUUAAGGCUCCAUAUACUCUUAAUGAUUGUUAAGUAUGUGUUGUUCUGGUCAGUACCAACAGGUAUAUAUUAAUAUAAUGAAAAAAAAUGGAACCGUUCCAUUUUCUUGUGCAAAUUUGCAAGGAACUGUAAAGAGUAUGCUGGUAACAUGAUUUAUCUGUCAUAACCAUGAAGGAAUCCUUACACAUAAUAUCUCCUCUGGUAGUACAAAGUUGUAUGUGAAAUAUCCAGGGACAAACAUGUAAUGUAUUAUUGUAUUGAAUGUAUAUAAUGUAUAGUCACUAAAUAUUUUAUAUACUUUUGAAGGCACUGUACAGGUUUAUAUUGUAUACAUGAAAAUAAUUGUUGCAUCUGCCAUAUUUUGUAUCAAGUUCUAACUGAAUAUAUAUAUACAAUACAGUAUAUUGUAUAAACAAUAUACAGUAUGUAUAUAAUUAUGACAAUUUAGAAUACCUGUACCUGUACCAAUAUUUGAUUUGAUUUAUUGUUUGUAAUCUAGUCCAAAUGUUUAUUUGUAGAAAUAAAUAUAAUUUGUUGAA